GAUCCAGAUUUAAAAAAAAAACAAACAAGUGUCGUUGGCAGCAGUUUGUGCUUUCUGAUAUUUAAAAUCAGCAUUAUCCACAUUAUUUGAUCUUUGUAGCCUUAGACUAUGACUUUCAUGUACUUGAGGCAAAGGCCUUGCUUUACAGAGGCCAUCAUCUUGUGCUGCCAGGUCUUGAAGCAGGUGAUUAGUGACAUCCUCUCUGUUCUGUGAAGGCCACCGUAGUUCCCUGAAGUGGUGAGGAGGAGUCCACUAUUGCAGUGUACCUUGUAAGAUGUCCUGGGAAGGGUUGGAGGCCCAGUGUCGCACAGCGAGGAUCAAGUGUGAUCAGCUUGGCGUGAACAGAGCCAACGUCAAUGAUUAUGAGGUUGAGUUUCUCUGUGACUACAAGAAGACAAAGGUGGAGGAGUUCUACCUGGUAAAGUGGAAGUCAUUUCCAGAGUCUGACAACACCUGGGAGCCCAAGAGAAACCUCAAAUGCUCCAAACUGAUGAAGCGGUUCCACCUGGACCUUGAAGAGGUGCUGAGAAGCCACAAGAGACGUUGUGUCCCUAAAAAACUGGAUAGGGAAAUUGCUUCAUACCUCACCCAGAAAGCCAAACUCCGCUUGAAUCUGCAGCGCUGGCAGGACCAUUUAAAUUUGACUCGCAACCAUCCAGGCCGCAUUUUUGUCACAAAUGAAGUGGACCUUGAGGGGCCCCCUAAAAACUUCACCUACAUCAACAACUAUAAAGUAGGCCAGGGUAUAGUGUUAAAUGAGGUGGCUGUGGGUUGCGAGUGUAAGAACUGUGUAGAGGAGCCAGUAAAUGGCUGCUGCCCCGGAGCCUCUUUGCAUCGCAUGGCUUACAACGAUAAAGGCCAGGUCCGGAUUCGACCAGGACAGCCUAUAUACGAGUGUAACUCCAGAUGCAGCUGUGGCCCUGAUUGUCUCAACAGAGUGGUGCAGAAGGGCAUCCAGUUUGACCUGUGCAUCUUUAAGACGGAGAACGGCCGAGGUUGGGGAGUUCGAUCAUUACAACACAUCAAAAAGAACACAUUUGUCAUGGAAUACAUCGGAGAGAUCAUCACAACAGAUGAAGCAGAGAGGAGAGGACAUGUGUACGAUCGACAAGGAUCUACAUACCUCUUUGACCUGGACUAUGUGGAGGAUGUGUACACAGUAGAUGCCGCGCACCAUGGCAACAUCUCCCACUUUGUCAACCAUAGCUGUAACCCUAAUCUGCAGGUGUUCAACGUGUUCAUUGACAACAUUGACGAGAGGCUUCCGAGAAUAGCUUUAUUUUCAACUCGGGCUAUUCGGGCGGGGGAAGAGCUCACCUUUGACUACAAAAUGCAAAUGGACCCAGUCGACACAGAAAGCACCAAAAUGGACUCCAGUUUCAGUCAAGCGGGACUCCCCAGCUCGCCGAAGAAGAGGAUUCGAGUGGAGUGUCGGUGUGGAUCAGACACCUGUCGAAAAUAUCUCUUCUGAUAAGGCGAAGCUGGUAUUUGUAUGAAAAUGUGAAAAAUUGUACAGUUUUUUUUUUUUUGUUUGUUUUAAAGAAAGAAAAAAAGAAAAAAAAAUUAAAGGUUUAUUUUUUUUAAUGUACUUGUUUAUAUGAACGCUCAAAGCCACCAUCAACAUCAGCCUGCAUCACUCUGCAGUUACUAUGUAAUACAUUUUAGUUAUUAUAAAUAUAUUCACCGUCCAUUUUAAAUUGCAAAACAGCUUACAAAAGAUUAAGCAUACAUCAUUUUAAUAAUAUGAUUGUCUGUUUAUGUCGCAGUUAAACAGCUUUUUCCAACAAGGAAUCGUAGAGUUUGGACACUGGUGGAAGUGGCAAACCUCUUGUGGUGGUUACCAAACACUUAAGUUUCCCGUCAGAAAGUCAGUACAUUUGUGUUACUCAAAAUGGAGCCUCUCAAACACCAAACACCACAAAAUAAUGCAGUUUGCCUGAUCAGUGGAGGCAGCAGUGGAUCAGCAGCUCCUGUGUUCUGUGGGAUGUAAGAUUGUUGGUUCUCUCAAUGGACUCUGGUGCUGGGAAGUGAGUAGUUUACCAAGUGAGACAAACUCAAAAGGCAAAGCCAUCAACAUUAGCCUGAGAAGCUCUGUUCUUAAGCAGGUGUAUGUUUUAUUUGCUGUGGUUAAAAUCAGUCCUGACACGUCCCCCUCUGAAUUUGUGUUUGUACUGAGGAUAAUGUGGAUGAAUUGUGAGUGUAUCUGUCUGCCUGCCUGACUGCUGUGUCCUGGAUCCUGUGUUUUCCCCCAGUGGUUGACUUAAUGAGUCAUUUCCUUAUUUCCAUUUGGAUCCAUAAAAUGUCAGUCUUGUCUUGUUUUGUCCACAAACCAAAAUUAUUAACUUGUAAGGAUUUCUUUGUUAGAUCAAAGGAACCAGGGAAUAGUCACAUUUUUGUUUUGAAAUAAAAUGAAUCGUUGCAGCCUUAGUUAAAGAUGCACUCAGCUCUUUAGUAUCUGCGUUAGGACCUCCAAUCCCAACCAUCAUGAUCACAUGUUCAAUGUGGAGAAUGUAGUGGCACCUAGUGGUGAAGUUGAAUGGUUUUAGACAUGUGGGAGGAAACUUUUCACGAAGCAUGCAACACUUUUUAUGAAUGGACCAAACAAAAAUGAACCACAAAAUCAAAAUACAUAAAUUGCAAAUAAAAUGUCGAUUUAAUCAUUCAAAAAUAUUGUAUUUUAUAUGUUUGAAAAUACUCUUGAGUUUGCGCUUCCUCACCUGUUCUUUGUGCCGUGUUUUUUGUUGUUGCUUGCUUCGUGAAAAGUGUUCUUUGAAAGUCUUGACACAAACUGUUGAACCCGGAGAAACCCGUCGUACGCCGUCCACAGCUCUGUUGCCCAUGUCUCCCCUUGUGUUUGUACUCAUCCGAGUAUUUCUAUGACUCCUGUCACUGUUGGAGGAAGUGAAUUUACCAUGUGAUAUUACACCUGACCUGUUCAGUGUUUGACAUUUUUCAGUUGGUCAAACUGCAGGGACUGGUGAGAGCAUUUCUGAUGGACUGGUCCUUUUUUAAAUGAGCGUUCCUCUGUCGUCACCUCGGUGACUUCCAGUGUAAAUAUGUUAUGUUGGUCAAUAGCUUAUUGUUUUAACGUGUGUACAUUUAAACAUUUUUAGUUGUCAGUACUUGUUUUUAUCAGUGUUUUA